AGUGAGCAUCCAAAUUUGAUAGGUAGAUAGGAACGUGGUGGCUUGUAUAGUUCACCAACUCAUCUUCAAAUUGGCCUCCCUAUCUACCCUUUGCGUUCUUAUUAACUUUCUUGCAUGUUCGCUAAGUAUAUAGAUAUGGUAUGAGAAAGUAGAGUAAGAACUACAAGAACAAGAGGAAGUAGGGAAGAGGAAAAAAAGAAGAAGAGGGAAGCAGAAGUUAUGGCAUCAAAAGAUCAUGAGAAAGCAGUUUGUGUUCUUGAUGCAUCCACCUAUGUGGGCUUUUGGGUAGUCAAGAAACUGUUGCUUAAAGGUUAUACGGUUCAUGCAGCUCUUCAGAACAGUGGAGAUGAAGUCGUGAUGAAGAAAAUAAUGGAAUUGGAAAAGAUAGAGGAGAGAUUAACUGCUUUUACUGUGGAUGUGUUGGAUUACCAUAGCGUGCUUGAAGCUUUGAAGGGCUGUUGUGCUAUGUUUUGUUGUCUAGAUAUUGCAGAUGGUUACGAUGAGAAAGACGUUGAUUAUGAGGUAAGAGGUGCUAUUAAUGUGGUGGAGGCAUGUGCACAGACAGACACCAUAGAGAAGAUUGUGUUUAGUUCAUCUUUAACUGCAGCAAUAUGGAGAGAGAACAUAUGCUCUCAAAAGGAUGUAGAUGAAAGGACAUGGAGUGAUCAAGAGUUUUGCAGGGAAAAGAAGUUGUGGUAUGCCUUGGCUAAGACUCUCUCUGAGAAAGCUGCCUGGGCUUUGGCUAUGGACCGAAUGCUUAACAUGGUAUCCGUCAAUGCGGGACUAGUUCUUGGUCCUGGAGUUGUGCAACUGAAUCCUCGUGUGACAAUGGCAUAUCUUCAAGGAACUGCACAAAUGUAUGAGAAUGGAGUCCUAGCUUUUGUGGAUGUUAAUUUUCUUGCAGAUGUUCACAUAAGAGCUUUUGAAGAUAAAUCCACAACUGGCCGAUACCUUUGCUUCAAUCAAAUUGUGAAUACUGAGGAGGAAGCUGUCAAACUUGCAGAAAGCUUGAGCCCUUUAAUAUCCUUACCUCCUAGGUACAAAUUUCAGGAGGGUGAAGUUGAAGAAUAUGCAGAGAGGCUGAGAAAUAACAAAUUAAACAAACUAGUUGAGGGAACUGCUGCUUGCUGCUGAAAUCUAUAGUCAUCCAACACAUGUUUCUUCUUGUCAUGUAUAUAUCUUAUUUUAAAUAAAAAUGUGACAGAAGAUUGAGAGAAUCAGAUUUUGGACAGGCUUCUUUUCCUUUUCGUUGGUUAUUGCCAUAAAUUGGAAGCAUAUCAUUAUUUUUAUGUAAACCAUGUUAAAGUUUGUAGUGUAUUUCACUCAUUCCCUGUCAA